AUGUUUAAAAAUUUCAUUUUAUUCCUUCUUUUUGGUCCUUGGGUCGCAGAAGCAGGAGCUUUUCAAGCAUCAAUUGAUCCCGAUACUAAAAUAAUAGGUGGAGAAGACGCACCAGAAGGAGCUAUUCCAUCUCUAGUAUCAUUGAGGUUGAACAUCUACGCUGAGUCCCACUUCUGUUUCGCCUCCAUCAUCAGACCGACUUGGGUAGUGACAGCUGCGCAUUGCACAGUCGAUCUCCGUGACGCCAGAAUAGCGGUAUAUAUAACGGUAGUUGGAACCAACAAACUGUCGUCAGGUGGUGAUACAUAUGCUGUGAAACAAAUAAUAAACCACCCGAAUUUUAGUGACACAACUUACGUAAAUGAUAUCGCUCUUCUUGAAGUAGCUGAAGAGAUUCAAUACUACUCUAAAGUAGCUCCCAUGGCCUUGCCUGAUGAGGAUACUCCUGCUAACACAACCUGCGUAGUUUCAGGAUGGGGAUUUACAGAUAGUGAUUCCGGUGGUCCAUUAGCAGCUGAUGGAAAGCUUGUCGGCGUCGCCUCCUGGGGUGUAGGCUGCGCUUCUAGGUACCCGGAGGUAUAUACAAGAGUGUUCUCCUACCUAGAUUGGAUUUUGGGCAUAGUGGACUCAAAUGAAUAAUAUUUUGUUUCUUUAUUGAGCUCUUGUGGUAGUUUAUUAU